UACUUAUGUUUGGUUAUCUUCGGAUAUCUAUUCGGGUUCAGAUAUUACCCGUUCGGAUUCAGAUAUUACCUUAACUGGUGAAAUAAGUAAUUUGUUUUGUUGUUUUAAUUAUAUGAUUUUUAGACCGAGCUGGUGAAUAUAUACUAGACAAACAUUUAUAUUUCGAGUCUGCACUUAUAUUCUAUAACAGCUUGAUAUAUUAGAUUUGAACACAAAUCUGUUAAUAUAGUUUGCCGGUGAUGUUUUUCAAAAUUUUGAUUCUUAGAUAUGUAUAUGGAGUGAAAUUAAUUUUUACAGAUGUCUUUUUUUUUUAAUUAACACUUAUGUAAUUCACUGAAUUGAAGUACAAAAAAACUUAAUUAAUAUCAAAGAAAGAAAGACGAGAAUGAAAGCACAAUUCUAUAGAGGUAGAAAAUGCAAUCACUUAUGGAGAGUCAAUAGUAAACAAAUCGAGAGCAGAAAACCUAAUCCCCUUUUGUUAUCAUACAAUUGAUGUUGCCUAUUUGGUUUUGGUCAUUUGUGUCAGCCGUAAAACUUAAUUUCCUUUUGUAUAUUUUAAGUUUUAAAAAUAAUUAAAAUUAGAUGUAAUAUGCUAACUCUUCAACAACGAUGAUAUAUUUAAGAGACCAACAUUUAUAUUUAUCAUUUUAUAAUCGAUAAAUAUUGUAGUGUUGCAAAAUAUUAAAAUCAUUUCAUAAACAAACAUUAUUAUAAGAACUCAUUCCGCGCACAUGCGGGUUAUCAUUUAGUUUAUCUAUUAUUUGUGUACUAAGUACUAACUAGUUUGUGUUCAAAAAAAAAAAAAAAUACUAACUAGUUUUGUAUUAAAACUUCAUUCAUGCUAAAACAUGUUUUCUGAAGAAAUUGUACCGUACGUUUAGCAAAAAAAAAAAGAAAAGAAAUGGUACAAAAGAAAUGGUUAGUUUAAUAGUAUCCAAGAUAUAUUAUUGUUGCAAAAUCCAUAUACGUUGAAGACUUGGAGUUUGGAUACAUAUUUAUUUUCCACACAUUAUUUAGGCCCAUAUACGAACUAUUUAAUCACAUAGAGGCUCAAAGUUCCACAUCGUUCACAAUUUUAAUUCGAAAACAUAUCCAGUGGAUUGAUAUUCAUGGCGCAGCCCUCUUUUCAUCCAAUAGAUGAUCACAUUUUAGCAUAGAAAUGUAUUUCUCUUCUUUUCCUUUUUGAUAAAGGAUAAUGUAUUUUUAUCUUAGUUCCAUUUUAUUUCAAUAUUUGUAGUAAAUCGAAAAAAUAUAUACAGACAUAUGAAUUUGUAUUUGUAUUAUAGAUUUGUAUUUUGGCAACUUUUUAGAAUUUAUGGAUGCAACAUGUAUGCCAAACUUGAGGAUGAAGAUAUGAAAACAAAAUACCCGAAUAAAAUGAGUAAUGAUGAAAUGAGAAUGUUAUUAUUCCAUAUAAAUAAUAAUAAAAGUUCUUUUAUAUAUUUUCUUUAAAAUAUAUGAAAAGAUAAAGAGAAUCAAAGGAGGGGAGUUGGGGGAGAUGAUGGCAUUUCUUUGCUUUGUAAAUUUGGAGCAUGUGACUUGAUCCCUCUUUCCAACUCAAAAUCUCACAUUCAUAUUUAGUAUUCUUAUUCUUUAUUACUUCUCUUAUUGUCUUUUUAGUUUAAUAUCUUUUAGCAUAUGUUAUAUGUAAUUGGAACAUUCAAACAAUGCUUGGAGUGAAGCAAGUGUUAAGCGAGAUUUGGGAGUUUAAUCUCAUCGUAUAAAAUGAUUACAAACACGAUCUCGUUUCUUUCCUUUAUAGAAAGCUGUCACCGUAACACAGUCCCAUCUAUUAUCGUUUUGUUGGUUUUGUUUUGCCUUUCGGUCCAUUUGGAACCAAAUUUAGGCAACUGACAAAAACAUAUUGGCGCAUCGUUCUUUUCUUUUUAUCAGUCAGCAAAAUAAUCAUUUCGCCAAUAAGGAAUAUAACUGAUAUUUGCAAUUGAAACAGAAAAAUUAUGUUUACACCAUCUAUCAUUAAUAAUUUGCAUUUUCUUUGAGUUUAAUUCCAACUUGUUUAAAUAAUAAAAUGAGUUAAAAUAACUUAAGAGAUGUAUGUAAUAAUUUCUAUUAUUUUAUAGUAUCUUACUAAGAUAGAAACAUCAUUGGAAAAUAACUUUAUUAUUACGUGUGAUUUACAAUUUAUGUCACUCAAAUUUUAAUUUUAAUAAAAUACACCAUCACACAUGAGAUUAUUUUGCCACUAAAUUUUUAAAUAUUUAGGAUAUUUAAUUUUUUUACUAUAACAAAAGCUUAUAUAAUUUUUAAUUCAUAUUAUUUAAAUAACUAAUCAAAUUUGUAAAUAUUAAAAAUACAUCUAAAUAUUAACUUAGUUUUCAAAAUUAAAAUACAAUAUUAAACUUCUUAUACUUUAAAAUCCAACCAUUUAAACUUAAACAAAUAUAAAAAAUUUAUCACAAAAAAAAAUAUACCAGUUUACAAAUAUAAAUAAAAAAAACUAAAAUAAAAUUUUUAAAAUUUAAUUAUAUAGAAAAAUAAGCGCGGGUGAUAAUCUAUUAAGUUACUAUUAUAUUUGAGACUAAAUUUUGGGUACUUCGUAGCAGUGGUGUCAGUGUUAAUAAGGGAUAUUUUUGAUAGUGGAAUAGUGAAUGAGUUUAACUGUUUAAGGUAUCUUAUUCAUUAAUCCAUCAAAAUCAAUCAGUCGACGUUGAUAAUUCCGUAACAAUAUCUUUUAAGAAUCUUUGAUUUUGAUGUUAUAAAAGAUUAUUGUAACAAUGACGAGGGCUCGAGUAUGGUUUUGUUUAACCGAUACGAUCUCCUUAACGAUGCUUUGCUGCAAAACUAAACUAAUUCUCCAAGUCCGAAUAUAACAUACAAAGAGACGUAAGGAGAUUCAUACAGAAGACUCCAUUCCAGAAAUACUAGAAUAGUUUGACCCAAAAAAAAAAGAAAUACUAGAAUAGUGAAUAAAUUGUUUUAUUCAUUCUAAUAGAGUGAUUACACUAAAGAUUCCGACACUUAUGUAUAAUUUCAUUAUGUUUCGAUGUAAAUUGCUUUUUCCCCUGAUUUUUAGAUCUAUUAGUGAAACCUGCCUAAGGAAAUGACUGGGAUCUCUGAAGAAAGGCAAAAGCCUAAAAGUAGACGAUAGUGGGGGUGGAAAAAAGGUCACGUGAGUAGAUGAAAGGUCACGUGCGAAAGGGGUUGAAUACUAAUUUAUAUUAGCUCAAAUCAGGAUCCCGUAGAGGCGUAGAGUUUAUAUUCGUAUAAUACAUAAUACUUUCACAUUUGUUAGAAUUAUUUUUCUAUGAAUCUAUUUUGAUUUAUCUUCUGUCAUUUACUCUUUUUUAUGUUUUUUCCCGUUUAACUGUAUGGGCAGUAGUACAUCCAAUAUAUAAGCCAAAUAGAGAAUAAUAGUUUGUCUGCAUUAUUGAAACUUAUAUAAUUUGGUAUUUAAUGCAAUUAUGCAAUUAUAUUCUUGGAUUAUUCACAAGAACCAUAUACCAUUUUCCUCUCAUUUGUUUCCAAGUGUAGUUCGAAAAGAAUCUUAACAUGUAGUCAUGUAGGUGUGGACCAACCUUGGAAAAAUGAUGACAUAGUAUUCAUAUAUAGUUAACAAUGACAAAUUAUCUAAAAUUGUCGAUAUAUUAUUGGAAUGCUUUAAUAAUAAUGGAACGCAAAGCUGUAUUAGUGAUGUAUAAUCACACUAUUUUUUUUCCUGAACGACAUAAUCACACUAUUUACAGGACUUGAGAGUGUGACACUCGGAAAAUAAAUCACACUAUAUAAAUAUGUUAACCUGUUAUUUAAUCAUGUCUUACGUCAUCUAUGAGUGAGCGCCGCGCCACAUGAAUGUUUGCAAAUAACCUGCAUUAUAAUUUGAUAAUCCUAGAUUUGAAUUGGAUCGGAACGGAAAUCCGCUUAAUUACUGAUCAGUCAACUAGUAGUCUAUUAAUGGAGAUAUAAUUUCCACACAAUGAUCUAGUUCAUUAAUGAAAAUUAUAUAGUAUUAUCUUAAUUGUUUCUUCGACAAGUCAGGUAAAACUCGUGCAGAUAAUAACAAAAAUAUAAAAAUCUUAAAUUAUUCAUCUCAAAUAGGUUAUGAAGGUUCAAGAAUAUCAGACAAAUUCAUCAAUCAGACAAGAUAUGGGUCCAAUACAAAAACAAUAUAUCCAACAUACUCUAAGAAACAAAAUCUAAAAUGUAAAUAUAAAAUAACAAAAAGAAAAAUCUAAAUGUAUACCUAAAUAAACACAUCCCCCUCUCCUUCUCUCUCUCCAUGAGUGUAUGUAUGUAUAGAUUGUAUGUAGUGAUGGAACAGUGCAAUGAGCUUUAUAAGCAGAGGCAAUAUCGGCAUCAAAAGACCCUCUAACUUGAUCUAAACUCUCUAGUGUACGAGAGAGAAAGGUUAAUGAUACCAAACAGCAAAGAUAGAGCUAGAGAGAGAGAAAGAGAGAGACCCAAGAAAAAGCUUUCAUCAUUUAACAUAAGAGAACUUUGAAGAGCCUAAGUAAAAGUUUUUAAAGCUUUGUUGCAGAAAGCUUAAUUAAAAGAACUUUUCUCCCCCUAUAUCCUCCCUCUCUCUCACUCUCUUUAUUAGUCCUUCCUCUCCUUUGUAAAGCUGCACCUCCCACUAUCUUCAAAUUUUCUUCUUCUUUUUCUUUUUUGUCUCUAGGUCUUGUUUCAUCAAAUCAAUCUCUAGAAAUUCAAAUUACAAUAAAGUCAAAAAGAGAGAAGAAAAAGUUGUAAAUGAUGAGAACAGAUCAAGACACAGUAGUGAUGUUGGAUGCUGCUCCCAACAAGAACACUAGUAACACAUGUUGUGUGGUUUCCUCUUCUUCCUCUGAUCCUUUCCUCUCUUCUUCUGAAAAUGGGGUCGCUACCACAAACACAUCCAAUCAGAAGAGGAAAAGAAGACCUGCAGGUACACCAGAUCCAGAUGCAGAAGUUGUGUCUUUAUCACCAAGAACUCUUCUUGAAUCAGACAGAUACAUAUGUGAGAUCUGUAACCAAGGGUUUCAAAGAGAUCAAAAUCUCCAGAUGCAUCGAAGACGUCACAAGGUUCCAUGGAAGCUUCUGAAAAGAGACAACAAUAUAGAGGUGAAGAAACGAGUGUAUGUUUGCCCUGAACCCACUUGUCUUCACCACGAUCCUUGUCAUGCUCUUGGAGAUCUUGUCGGAAUAAAAAAACAUUUCAGAAGAAAACACAGUAACCAUAAGCAAUGGGUUUGUGAGAGAUGCUCUAAAGGUUAUGCUGUUCAAUCAGAUUACAAAGCUCAUCUCAAAACUUGUGGCACUAGGGGACAUUCUUGUGACUGUGGUCGCGUCUUCUCCAGGGUGGAGAGUUUUAUUGAGCAUCAAGAUAGCUGCUCCAUUCGAAAAGUUCACCAUGAACCGCCGCCACCGCCACAAGCUACGGUGAAUGUCCCGGCUUGCUCCUCUAGAACUGCCUCAACCGCAAGCACUCCAUCUACGGAAACGAAUUACGGUGGUGCGGUUGCUACUCCUUUACCUCUAGAAGGGCGUCCAAUUCCUAUAAGAAACUCAUCAAACGAUGUCAAUCUCGAACUCCAGCUUCUUCCAUUAACGCCAAAUCAAAACCGUAAUCAAGAAAACCAACAACACAAAGUUAAAGAACCAUCUCAUCAUCGUAAUCAUCAUGAUACUACAAACUUAAACCUCUCCAUUGCACCAUCUGCACCAUCAUUAUCUCAUCAGUACAACAACUUUGAUCGUAUAAAAGAAAUAAUGGCGAGUGAACAGAUAAUGAAGUUAGCGAUGAAGGAGAAAGCUUACGCAGAGGAAGCUAAAAGAGAAGCGAAGAGGCAACGAGAGAUAGCGGAAAACGAAUUUGUUAAUGCUAAGAAGAUAAGGCAACAAGCACAAGCUGAGCUUGAGAGAGCUAAGCUUUUAAAGGAACAAUCUAUGAAGAAGAUAAGCUCGACGAUUAUGCAAGUUACUUGUCAAACAUGUAAAGGACAGUUUCAAGCGGUGGCUUCGGCGGAUGAGACAUCUCUUGUGGUGAGUUACAUGUCGUCAGCGAAUACUGACGGAGAGGCAUCCUAAAAUUUGAAAAGGGGUUUAAUACAAAAAAAAAAACUCAGAUAAAAUUGAAGCAUUUUAUCUUAUUGUUUUGUGUAUUAAUUACGUUGUCUUAUUUUGUCCUCUUUGUAUUACCAUAUUUGUAUGUGAUUGGUUAAUUAUUGUAAUUGUCAAAUCUUCAGUUAUAUUAAAACUUCCUGUAAA